AUGGAAUCUUCACCUCCCAUUAUACCCUCGACCGCAGAAGUCAUCUUGUCUAUACCCCCAGAGAUAUCGGCCGACAUCUUCGUGUGGGUCGACAUCAUGAAUGAGCGGCACCGCUGCUUCGAUACACCAUGGAUUCUCUCCCAGGUUUGCGGGCGUUGGAGGGACAUUGCCCUAUCCUUUCCACAACUAUGGUCCCGUGUGCACAUAAUGGGGCGUCGGGAGCGCUUCUCGCCAGGUCGCCUCGCCCAGUUGCAGACCGCCCUUGCUCGUGCUCGAUCAUACCCCCUCUGGAUAGAAUACUUCGAGACAGCAGAUCCCGGCGCUCACAUGUGGACUGUCAUCCUGGCGCACUGCGCCCACUGGAAAACUAUCUCCCUCUCCUUCGUGACUCCCGAAUUCCCCAGUCGCCUUCCAGGCAAUCAACACCUUCCUUUGUUGGAGUCAUUCGACUUCCGCUUCGACCGCUACAUGGUUCGCGGAUGUUCUAUUCAGGAGAAUGCCCUUGACGGGUUCUCUACUGCGCCUCGACUACGGCAAGUUUCACUGUACGGAAUCCGUUCACCGUCUUGCCUCAAGCUACCGUGGUCCCAACUGACUACCAUCGACCUCGCUUGUGGGACAGACCAUGAUGAGAUGCAGAUUCUUAUCAAGUCUUCGAAUCUGCAGCGGGUUCUACUUCUCCUCGAUCACGAGAUUGGUCUUCCUCUCCCAGGGCCAGUCGUACAGUCGUCGUUGCGUUCGAUGGAAACAUGGGAUGUCUCUCCGCUUCAAUAUCUCACUCUGCCCAACCUAGAGGUCCUGAGUGUCGUGUACACCGAUAACCCCUCACCUAUCCCUACUAUCCACUCAUUCGUUUCCCGUUCCCAGUGCGCGCUACGCACUCUUCAUCUCAAUGGUCUAGAAAUCAACGAGGAUCUUCACAAGACACUACUAGAUAUCCCUAGCAUCGAAGAUCUCCGACUAGAAUUCUCCUGUACAGCUCCAGGAAGCUUUGAGGCUUUUAUGCGAUUUCUCGCGUAUCCUAAGGGUAGCCUGUCGGCGGUGUUACCCAGAUUGAAGGAUCUUCAUCUAGUGCACCAUGGGUUUGAUGACCCACUAUUGGAUCAUACUUUUGUCGAUAUGAUUCGAUCAAGACGGUGCGGUCUACAGCCAUUGUUGGCGUUACUGGAGAGUAUCGUCUGCGAGCAUGUCAUUGACGGACUGGAGGCCAGCGAUGUUUCCUUCUUAAGGAAGGUCGAGGAGGAGGGACUGAAGUUGUACGUCAAUGCCAGUUGCGACGUUGAUUACGGCUCCUGUCCCUGGUAA